GGCACCGUUCUCAAUGCUCUCGGAACAAUUCAAGGUUGGUUGAAGCCGAGCCACUACACCUAUAUUCCAACUGCCAACAUUGCACUUGGAUUGCGACCAGCAAUCCUGUUUGAACCAAUCUGGGGUCGACUGUACACAUGUAUCAGAUACCGUUACCAUAUGAGCUCACCUUCCACUCGAAAUGUCCACCCCUGCAGCCUGUCAGUUGUCGAUGACUCUUUACUUGAAAGGACAUGGAAGCUCGUGCCCUCUAGAAGCAGACUGGCGAUAUACAAAUUGCUUCGAUUUGUUGGUUCGAAGCUUUGGCCACCGGAAUCCCUAAUUGGCACGGGGAAGCAGCGCCUUCCGUUCAACAUGUUCUGCAAGUUUGGCGGUCGAAUCGACGAAAACGAAGUGCUUUGCACUAUGUUUGUUGCGGAAAAUACAACGAUUCCCGUUCCUCGUAUCAUUGAUGCUAUCGAUGAUGAUGGUCAAUUAUUCGUGGUUAUGACAAAGGUUCCCGGAAUCUCCGCUCAAUUGGCAUUCUCAGAGCUGGAUGAGGCUGGUAUGAAGCUAUUUGAGCACGACCUACAUGACUGGAUCCAUCAGCUUCGGAGUUUACGACCGCCCUGCCCCGUUGUCGGUGGCUUACUCGGAACACAGUCGGUGCAGCCAUUGUUUUUCGAGACUCCAAUCGGCCCGUUCGAUGAUGUCGCCGCGCUUCAUCAGUUUCUGAUGACCCUUUGCCCAGAUGGGAAGGGUUCUCCUCACUAUGAAGAGUUCCGCUCUCGAGCACGAGCUGGUACAUUCCACAGAGCUCACAAGUUGUGUUUUACUCACGGAGACCUCAAACCUCACAACCUCCUGAUGCAUAACGGAAGGCUCAGCGGUAUGGUCGACUUCGGUAAUUCAGGGUGGUUUCCGGAGUAUUGGGAUUAUGCUUGUACGACAUUUGUGGCGCCACUGUGGUGGGAAGAACUAUGGGCGAGGAUGUUCCCUCAAUACGUCGAAGAUAAAUGCUACAUGUACAACCAUCCUUGCACUACAAUGAGCCUGUCUUCUUCAGUUGAUAUACCGGCAGGAAUACAACAAGGGCAUGAAAUAGUAUAGCAAGCUUACAAAAGGAACUUGUAAGUCGCCGUAUUCGACAAUAUAGAGUGGGCGAAGCACGUCGUAGCUCAAUGGGAGGAAACACAGGUGUGCCAAACGACGGGGCCAUGGGGUACAGCUAAGGCAUCAUUCGCCCCGUGCAGGUCGCGGAUGCCUACAAGGGUCCAGAUUCUGCAAUUGAAAGGUUCCUUGCGACCUCCGAACUCGCGAGGAGUUCUCAGUUCUAUAGCAGAAAAAAUUGUCUGAAGGUCGUGCGUGGUGCAACCAGAGUUCACUAGAGAACCUGAAAGGAUUUGUUAAUCCGUGGCUCGUUCAGUCAAAAAAAAAAAGGUGGCACAGACCAAUCUUGUUCAUAGUCCCGAGGUUCAGGCUCGCAAGCACGUUGUUAGUACCCGUUUGGUAGGACCAUGCCUGGCUGAAACUGCAGGCGGCGUGAUAUUUCGUGAAUGUAUUGUUUCCUUCGAAGACUACGAUCAUCCAAAGACGAUCGACACCAGCUCUGCGCGAGAAUGUAGCAACAUAGAUAUCGCCGGGGUGCAUUACGUGAGCCAUGGUCAGUAUUGGAAGAGUGCGAGGACGGAAUGCAGGGAGUAGAGGGAUUGAGGAGUGACUUCAGAGAUUCAGUCAAACGCCGAAUCACUUGUCUUUCCUGGUGCAGGCCUCAGAGUAUAGACUCUCCACGAGGUUCGCCACAUUUUUGAGUGACUGAGCGUUGACUCAAUACGUAGAACAAGGACCAUCUAUAUCAGAACCCUUGCAAAAUAGAAUCAAACCAAGUCAUCUUUCUUCUAGAACGAUGCAUGGAUACGGUCCAUCCAGGUGCAAGGAGGAAGCCAACUCUGACUGUGCAAGAGUCAUAAUACACAUUGCAGAGGUCGGAGAAAUAGCAUGGUUGCACCGUACAUACCGUGCAGCUCUCGGAUAUUUCCUUGGCUCGUUCUUAUCCAGUGAUAUCUGAUCCCUCCGAUAGAUGGUUGAUGGUUCUUUGUGUCGAAGUCAGCAUCCCCGUAUGCUGCCAGGAGAUGAUGAUCAUUCCCCCGACGGAUUGUCCUGGAAGGCCGCGCCCUAUGUUAAAUGAUAAUAAAGAUAUGUCUGG